AUGGAGACCUUAGAUGAUGUUGAAGCGAUUUGUGUAGUGUAUAGUUUAUAUAAAAGACAACAGUUAAAACAAAAAAUGACCAGGAAGAGAAAAUACUGGGUGCAUCCGUUGAAUAUGAAAAGAAUCAACGAAGGUCAGUUUCAAGUUAAUUUCUUAACUUUGCGAUCACACCCAGACGAAUUCUUUAAAUAUUAUCGGAUGUCAAUUUCGUCAUUCGAUUCAUUGGUCUCAUAUAUUGGUAAAUACCUUCUAAAACAACAUACUAAUAUGCGAAUUCCAAUUUCACCGGAAGAAAGAUUGACCGUGACGUUAAGAUAUUUGGCUACUGGUUCUAACUUUUCCGCUUUACACUUCGAAUUUUUAAUUGGAAUAUCCACAAUAUCAACUAUCGUACGUGAAACUUGUGUGGUUAUUUGGAACAUAUUACAACCAAUUGAAAUGGCAGAACCAACUACUGACGAUUGGUUGGACAUUGCAGCCGGGUAUUUAGAGAAAGCUCAAUUUCCAAAUUGCGCUGGCGCCGUAGACGGCAAACAUAUACGUUUGGAAUGUCCCAAAAACAGCGGGACAUUCUAUUAUAAUUACAAACAAUAUUUUUCACUCAUCCUGAUGGCAAUUUGUGAUUCUAAUUACUGUUUUAGAAUUAUAGAUGUGGGUUCCUACGGUAAGGAAAGCGACUGUAAUGUCUUUAAGCAAUCAGUGUUUGGUAAAAAAUUAUACGGUUAUAAUUUAAAUUUGCCACCAAAAAUUUGUUUACCUGGUGAUGAUAAUGGUGUUCCUCUGCCUUAUGUUUUCGUUGCUGACGAAGCAUUUGCGUUACAUCCAAAUUUAUUACGACCUUUCCCGGGCAGGUCGUUAAAUGACGACAGGAGGAUUUUUAAUUACAGGUUAUCAAGAGCUCGACAACAUAUAGAAUGUUCUUUUGGAAUAAUGUCGAAAAAAUGGAGAGUUUUUCAAACAAGUCUACUAGUUGAACCCAAUUUCGCUGUCGCUGUGACAAAAGCAUGUUGUGUGCUACACAAUUUUGUUCGACGUAGAGAUGGCAUCAACAAUGAUGAUAUCCUUAGUUGUACAAUGGACGAUUAUACAAAUGAAAGGGGAACUGGAAAUUCGUCAACAAAUGCCAAAGAAGUUAGAGAACACUUUGUUAAGUAUUUCAACACUCCGCAACAUGCACUUAAGUGGCAAAAUAAAGUCAUUGGAAAAUAA